GCUAUAUAUAGGACCGGUCAGGCAGGACGAGCCGGGGCGCAGGCAGAGCGGGCUUGGAGACGCUCUCCAGCCCGGCCGUAUCCACCCCGGGGCCUAGCCCGGCGCCAAGGCCUACCGGCGAGCGGUCGACGAACCCCAUCCCAACCCGGCGCCCGACACGAGGCCGGCCCUCGGCGAGCGGUUGACGAAUCCCAGCCUAACCCGGCGGCCGGCACGAGGCCGGGCCCUCGGCGGGCGCUUGGAGCCCGUCCCGUCCAGGCCGAGGCCCGAGGCGAGCCCUUGAAUCCCAGCCAGGCCCGCGGCCGGCCCUCGACGUAGCCCGGCGCUCGGCACGGCGCCCGGCUCUCGGCGAGCGGCGGACGAGAAGCGUCCGGGGGGUCGUCGGCCCUCCUCCGCGGCGGGGACGCCACCGGCUGCCGGCAUGGGCGUGCGCGAGGCCGAGGUGAUCCGGGCGGGCGAGCUGGAGAAGCGCAGCGCCAGCCUCUUCCAGCUGUGGAAGAAGAAGCUGGUGGUGCUGACCCGGGACAGCCUGAGCCUGCUGCCCGAGGGGGCCGGGCCGGGGAGACGCCCCAAGGAGCUCAGUUUCCAGUCCAUCCUCAAGCUGGACUGCGUGGAGCGCACGGACAAGUACGUCUACUUCACCAUCGUCACCACUGACCGCAAGGAGCUGGAUUUCCGCUGCGCCGACUCCAGCUCCUGGAACUCGUCCAUCGCCCUGGCCCUCAUCGCCUUCCAGAACCAGAGGGCGGUGGAGACGUUCCGCAGCCGCCGGCAGCCGCCCCCGCCGGCCUCGACCCCCUGAGAGGUCGCCUCGUCUGCCAGAGAUCACGUCGUCGAGAGAGCGGAGACUCGGACCAACUCCCACGAGGGGGACGGGGGUCCCCGCCCGCCGGCCCGUCCCCCCGGCCUUCAGCCCGCCGGGGCGCAGACGCGCCGACCGAUCCCGAGGCCGGUUCUCUGGACGCGGGGGUGGUGUCCCCUCCGGCCCCCCGAGCGCAUCCCCGUCCCGAUCGGGCCCGCCUACAGUCCUUCCUAUUUAUGGGCCACGGAAGAUCCGCUUCCCUCCGCCCCCCCCCCCCCCAUCACCGCCCCCCGGGGACGAGACGUUUAAGUUAUUGGUGUGUCUUUCUGUCCGUGUUUUGUAUUUAUUCCAACGGAAGCUGGACCCGAGGCCCACUUCCUCAUUUUGCAUCGCCGUUCAUUCCAAAUAAAGGAGUGGAGAGGUUUACUUUUCUA